AUGAAGAACGUCCUCGUCGAGCUGUAUGAUCGCGAUUUUUUCAGCUACAACGACAAGCUCGCCGAAAUGCUCACCGCCAAGGACGGCAACUUUUUGGUGAGUGGCGGGGAGUACGAGCGUGGUAUCGAACCCUUCCUGCUCCUCCACCACAACUGUCUGGCGCCAAAGAACUGCUCAAAGGUCGUGAGAUACCACGUUCCGCAGGAAUAUGUCCACAGCACGUACGAGAUGUCGUUCAUACCGCUUGAUCUCUAUCAAGACGACGAAAAAACGAUCUGUCGUCGGCGAAAAGAGGACGGAACCCAAGGCGGCUACGACUAUUUCGUUGCCCUG